UGCCACGGCGCGGCGGGGGCCGCGGGCUGUGUCCUCGGACGGGACAUCACGCUGGCGGCGGCCUCCCCGCGGCGGCCGAGCCCCCGAGGGGGUGGGUUUGCCCCUGGAACAACCCCUCUCUUUCAGAGGCCCUAUGUUUGCGAUUAUGAAGGCUGCGGCAAAGGGUUCACGAGGGAUUUCCACCGCGCCCGACACCUCCUCACGCACACCGGGGAAAAGCCGUUCAAGUGCACAGCUGAGGGAUGCAAUGAGAAAUUUGGAACAAAAUCAAACAUGAAGAAGCAUGUUGAGCGCAAGCAUCAAAAUCAGCAAAAGCAGUAUGUGUGUGACUUUGAAGGCUGUAACGAGUCUUUCAAGAAGCAUCAACAACUUAAAGUUCAUCAGUGUCACCACACCAAUGAAACUCCCUUCAAAUGUAAUAAAGAAGGAUGUGGAAAGUAUUUCUCUACUCCAAGUCGACUAAAGCGGCACGAGAAGAUACAUGAAGGCUAUGCAUGCAAGAAGGAAAACUGCUCAUAUAUCGGAAAAACUUGGACAGAGCUUCUGAAACAUAAUAAAGUCAGUCAUACAGAGCCAGUAGUCUGCAGUGAAUGUAACAAAACUUUAAAACGGAAGGAUUACCUGAAGCAGCAUCAAAAGACACAUGCUGUGGAGAGGGAAGUCUGGCACUGCCCCAGAGAAGGAUGUGGAAGAACUUACACAACUUUAUUUAACCUUCAAAGCCAUAUCCUCUCUUUUCAUGAGGAGAAAAAACCAUUCUCUUGUGAUUAUCCAGGCUGUGGAAAAGUGUUUGCAAUGAAGCAGAGCCUAGCAAGGCAUGCAGUCGUACAUGAUCCUGAAAAGAGAAAGCUGAACUUGAAAGCAAGACGUUCUCGUCCCAGGAGGAGCUUAGCCUCUCAUCUCAGUGGAUAUAUUCCUCCUAAAAAGCAGCCAGGAAAGGACGAGGUUCUGAUGGAAAGCAAGAUAGUGGAUAAGCUCAUGGAAAAUGGAAUACCAGCUGCUGAAAUUCGGACUGUGUAGCAAAGGUUAAGCAAGUUAGUGUUCUUCAUGGAAUGAUCAAUGCAAAGCUCUUUAUCUAAUAGAGUUAAUUUUUAGAGUUAUUUUUUUUUAUUAUUUUUAAAUAAAUAUAUAUUGUUUACACUGCUUCAGAAAGUCA